AUGCCUAGCAAGAACCAUAGCUCCGCUCCCAAGUUCGAUGGAACUGCGGGGUCACUUCCUAUGUUUCUAGACGACAUUGAACAGCUAGCAACGAGCUGUGAGCUUACCCCCAAGCAGACCAUCGAUUGGACGAUUCGUUAUGCCCCAGGAAGCGACGAACACGAGCUAUGGAGCGGUUUAGAUACCUCGUCAGGCGAUGACUGGAUUGCUUUCAAACGCGAGCUGCUUGCACAGUAUCCCGGAUCGACAGGAGACAGGAAAUACUCAGUUGCAAAUCUGGAAAUGCUCACUGAAAAACAAGCUGCCGGACAAAUCACGAACUCGGAACAAUUUGGAACAUAUUACCGCGCAUUUUCGAAAAUUUCACGGUUUCUUAAAUCGAAAAACAAGUUGAACGAUCGUGAAAUAAGUAACCUGUUCAUGAGAGGUCUAGACUAUGCCUUCAGAGUACAGGUCCGAGCCCAGCUAAGGGCUGAAAACCCGAAGCAUCACAGUGACGACCCUUACACGCUAAACCAAAUAUGCGAGGCAGCACUAUUCAUAUUAUCCUGCAACCACGACGACACCGAAAUUGUGGCGCCAGCACUCGAAGCGUCUCCCUCAGUCAAGCGCGAGCAUUUUGAUAUAUCUAGUAUUGCUCCAGCACUGCAACAAACGAGCAACUUCAACAUGAGUGCCCUGGCACUGGAACUCAUAAAACAGAUGAACUUACAACAUGCUCCAUCAAACGUGUACCAAAACGCCCAGAAUCAAGGGUACCCGACGUUGCAAACUCAAGGAGCACCUACACCUCGCAACAACGACUGUUCCUUCUGCUCUGAUCCAUCACAUUAUCAACAUAGUUGUGCCAAAGCGGUGGAAUAUAUCAAAAAGGGGCUCUGUGUGCGCAAUAGCGAAAAUUUCUUGGUGCUACCAGAUGGGACACGUGUCACUCCUCGAACCGCACCGGGAAGGAAUAUCAUGGAACGUGUUGAUAACUGGCAUAAAAGCAAAUCUGCUAACUCGCCAACUGUAUCAUCAAACAUGGUGAGUGCAGGUUCGGAGUUCAAAUGGGAGAUUCCCACGACGUCGGCUUUCGCCGCCGCGAUGGACUUUGCGCACAACGAGGUUGCACCACCUACCGAACGUGUCAGGGCAACACUAUAA